ACCUCCUGAGUCUCCAUCCUCACCUUUCCUGAGUCCUGUCUACUGACACCAUGGGCUGCUGUGGUUGUGGAGGUUGUGGUGGCUGCGGUGGUGGCUGCGGCGGUGGCUGCAGUGGUGGCUGUGGUGGCUGUGGUGGCUGUGGCAGCUGCACCUCGUACAGGUGCUACCGGGUGGGCUGCUGCUCCGGCUGCUGCCCCUGCUGCUCCGGCUGCUGUGGGGGCUGCUGCAGCACCCCCGUGGUCUGCUGCCACCGCCGCACCUGCCGCCGCCACUCGUGUGACUGCGGCUGCGGCUGCGGGAAGGGCUGCUGUCAGCAGAAGUGCUGCUGCAGGAAGCAGUGUUGCCACUAGGGGGCCGGUCCGCAGGUGCUGCUGGUUCCCGCUCUGUUGGUAAGACUUCCUUCUUCCCUUUCUGCCGGUUCGGCCCCCUCUAUGGUCCUGGACUCCCUUCCUGACUUCCUUUGGUACCUCAAGUCUUUCCAUCUGGAAAGUUUCCAGACUAAUAGGAAAUAUCUAAUGGAAAAAACAGGUAUGUAGCCCAGGACGCGGGGAAUUGCGCAAAUCAGUAAACUCGGUUGGACGAAAUCAUGAUUCCUCACGGUUGGUUUGACGGAUAUCAGUACAUCCAAUUCGCUGCUGUUUGCUUCCAUCUUUGCUCCAUUUCUCCCAUCCGCAUUCAUGAUUUCCUUUUUCUCCUUUUGUGUUCUUGGUUGUCACAUGAUAUUGUCCAAAUUUUCUAAUAAAACAAAAACUAAAUACCCAUAAGA